AUGGAAGAAUAUAGUUCUGUUCAAAAGUUAAUUAAAAAUAAAAUUAGGAGAAAUUAUAGUAUACAUCCUCAAAAUGUCAUUUUUUAUGAUUAUUUUAAUAAUUUAAAAAGAAAGGCAUUAGCUCAAGGUCAUAAUAAUUUAGUUAUUUCUUUUAAAAAAAUUCUUAAUUCUAUUUUCAAAUAUCCAUUACCUAUUAAAAAUUGUUUUGAUGCAUAUAAAUUAAAAGGUGUUGGCAAGCGUUUUUCUUACUUUUUUGAAAAGGCAUUAAUACAAUCACAAAAUGGGAAUACCCACAAUGAUGAUAAUUGCGUAUCCAAUGUAGAUAACAUUCAUAUUAAUAAUCAUAUAAAUAAAGUUAUUAAAUGUUCUAAUGAUUUUUUAAGAGAAUUUAAUGAAAUAUGCAUUAUAAAAAAAAAAGAUGAUAUAUCAGAAGACGAUAUUAUUAUAAAAAAUUUAAAAGAAAUAGAAAAUGAUUACAUAAAUAAAGAGAAUAAGAAUUCUAAAUGCAAACUGAAAGAUAAUAAAAUAUAUAAUAACACCUCUCAUUUUAAUAGAAAUAAUAAUACCUUAUGCUUAACAAAUGAAACAGAUGAAUAUAACUGUGCUGAUUUUUUAAACAACAACACUAUUAUUUCAGAUAAUAAAAAAGAUAAGAAUAAAAUUUCUAAGGAAUAUAAAGGUGAAUCAAUAAGUAUAUUAUCCUAUCCAAAUGAACAUGAAAAAACUAUUUCUAAUUAUAAAAAAUGUUUAGUGAAAAAAAACAGUCAAGUAAAAUUAAAUGAUCUAGAAAAAAACAUUCUAAUUGUUAUUGAUAAAUAUAGUCAUUUAUAUGAAGAAAAUGCGAUGAGAAAGGAAGAAAUAAAUAUCGGAUUUAUAAAAAAUUAUAAAAAAUCAGUAGAUAUAAAUUUUAGAUCAUUAAAUAGAUUAACAAAGUUAGAUUUAAUAAAAAAAAUAGAGCAUAUUGAAAAUGAAUCUUGUAAAACUCCAAAAAAUAAAAUGAAAUUAAAAAUUGUUAAUAAAAUGAAAUUAACAGAAAAAGGAAAAAAAUAUUUAGAUGAAGAAAAAGAAAAGUUAUUGAAAACAAAGUUAACUAUAAAAUGUGAAGAUAAGGAAGCAUCUUUAAAAAUAAAUGAUUUAGAGGAAGACAGUUUACAUACAAGCGUAAUAAAAUUAGAAGAGAAUUUAAAGAACACGGAAAACGUAUCAAAAAAAAUAAAUGAGUUAAAGGAAAAUUUGAAAGAAGAAAUAAUUUAUUGUGAUACCAAAUAUAAUUAUAAGCCGGGCAAAUAUAAUGAAAAAAUAAAAGAAAAGGAUAUGGAUUAUAUUCCAUUAAUAGAAUAUGAUACUAAUAAAAUUGGUUGUUUAAAAAAAAAAAAAAACUUUUAUAACUGUAAUUCAGACACAGAGGAAAAAUUAAGCAAUAGUGUAAGAGAAAAUUUAGAAAAUAGUGAUAUCCUUAGAAAAGAAGAUAAAAAUAGUUCUUAUGCAAAUUAUAAUUUUUCUUCAGGUAUAAAUGCUGAGAUUGAAAAAAAUUGUCAAUAUUAUAAAAACAAAAAGUUUAUUGAUAAUGAAAGAGAGUUUAUGAUAUUAAAUAAUAAUACAAAAGAUUACUAUUUAAAUAAUAUGAAUAAGGUGCAUAUUAAAAAAAAAGAAGAUGAAACAAAAAUAACGAAAUGCAAGAAUAAUAAUCAAAAUAACGAAAACUUAAAUACUAUCGAAAAUAAUGAUAAUAUUAAAAAGGAGGAAUUAUAUGAAUGCUUAAAGGACUUUAAUUUAAUAGAAGAAAAAAAAAAAAAUAGUUAUUUUGAAAUAAAAAUGGAAAAUAAAAAAAAAGAAAUACAAAAUAAAUUAAAAUUAAGUUUAAAAGAAAGAUUAGAACAAAAAAAUUUAAAUAAAAGCUUGCCAAAUAAUAAUUCUAGUUUGUUAACUUGUUAUCCACCAAAAGAAGACAAUUUUAUUUAUAAUGCAAAAAUAGAGAUUAAUGAAAAAGAAAAAAACGCAAAAUCAGAAAAUUUGUUACGGUACAAGAAGAAAAGUGAAAGCGAAAAUAUUAUAUUAAAAGAAUAUGAAGAGAAUAAUACUAAUAUAAUUAGUACUGAUAUUAAUAAUAAAAGAAAUAAUUUAAUUACUGAUAAUAGUUAUUUUAAUCCUGAAAAUUUAAGUAAGGAUAAUAUAACUCCAAGUAUAGAAAUAAAAGAUCUAGAAGAAAGUAAUGGAGAAGUAAUCAUAUCUUCUAAUAAUAAAGUAGAAAAAUUAAAUUAUAAAAAUAUAUAUACAGUAAAUUGUGAUAACAGUAAAGGUAUCGGUAAUAAUAGCACUUAUGAAAAAAAAUAUAAUUUAAACAAUGAUUCUGAUGCUAGCACAAAAGUUAAAAAAAAAAUAAAUUUAGUAAAUAAUUGUGAGGAAAUAGAAUUAGCAUCAAUAGGGAAUAAAAAAAAUAAUGAUAAUCAAGGUAAAGACAUUAUAGAAAAUAUAGAAGAAUUUAGAAAAAAGGAUUAUAAUUAUGACAUAAUUGAAUUAUCUGAAGAAUCAUCUGAUAAACAGAAUAAUUCCUAUAUAAAUAAUUAUAUGAGAAAUAAUAAAAAAAAAAAGAGAAAUAGAAUUGAGUUGGAUGAAAAAAGCAAAAUGGAAAAUGGGGAUCAUGAUAAUAAUAAGGAAAAGAAUAAAGUAAGAAAAAAAAGAAAAGGAAAUGAAAGCAAAAUAAAAAUGGAAAACGAGAGUAGUCAAAUUAGAUAUGGGCCAUAUGAAAUAAUUAUGGUAAUUGAUAAUAGAGAUAUAUCAGGUUCAAAUUGUGAGUAUAACGAAAAAAUGAAAAAAAUAUUCAAAGAUAACAAUGUAAAUUAUAUAACGAGAAAUCUGCCGUUAGGUGAUACUAUUUGGUUGUGUAGGAGAGCAGUUUAUAUUGAUAAUUCAUCAGAAAAGAAAAAAACAAGAAAAAAGAGAAAAAAACAAGAAAAAGAUAGAAAUGAGGAAGAUUAUGUGAACAUUUUAAAUAAAAAUGAUGAUCUAGUGGUUGAUAAGGAGGAAGAAAACAUAAAAUAUGAAGAAUAUGUUUUAAAAUGGAUAAUUGAAAGAAAAACAAUAAAUGAUUUAAGUGCUAGUAUAAUAGAUGGUAGAUAUGAAGAGCAAAAAUAUCGUUUAAUGAGAUCAAAUGAAAUGUAUCAUAUAAUAUAUUUAAUAGAAAAUUGUAAUAACUCUUAUAAAAAUUAUAUGAACUCUUCAAAAAUUUCAUAUGAAACAUUAAAUAAUGCACAAUAUAGUACGCAACUAGUAAGUGGUUUUUCUAUACUAAAUAGCCAAAAUAUGAAACAUACUUUAUUUUUAUUAAGUGAAAUUCAUUUUCAAAUUGUAAAAAAUAUAAAAAGAUUUUGUGAAAUUCAAGAAAAUGAAGAAAUUCACAAUAGUGAGAAAUUAUCAAUGUAUUUAAAAAAUAAUUCAUGCCUAUGGGAAAAAUGGAAUAAUGAAUCAAAAAAAUCAAAAAAUAACAUUGUCAAGGAAGUAUUUGGAAAACAAUUAAGAUUAAUUAAUAUGUGUGGAUCGGAUGCUACAGAACUUAUUUUGUCCUUAUGGCCAACUCCUUUUAAGUUAAAUCAAGCACUUCAUAAAUAUACUCAUAACGGAAUAUUAGCUGAAAAAAUUAAAAGAAUUUAUAUAAAAAAUUACGAAAUUAAAGGGAAAAAAAAAAUUAAAUCACCAAUAGAUACACAAUUGAUAGCACAACUAAGACUAUUAUAUGCCCCUGAUUCAAUAUAA